UGUCCUGUUUCAGACAAUUAGAAUCUGGUGAUUUGCAUUUCAGGCAUCUAUUUAUGGUCUCAGUGACACGCUUAUGCUACGUCACCUGACCACACUGUCACACCAAUAGAAUUAGUAUGUUUCCAUGCAUGCUUAAGACUCCGGCUCACACAGGAGCUUUCCCAUAACAUCAUUGUAAUGUCACAGCAUAUCGUUCCCUGAGCGAUCUCGAUGCGAAGUGGAGGAACUUGCUGCAGCAAAAAAAAAAAAAAAAGGAAAAAAGUAUAGUAAAUAAAGAAAAAAAAAACAAAAAACGAUAGAUUCUAUUUACACUAAGUGUAUAGUAGUUAGAUGCUAUUUACACUUAGUGCAAAUAGUGGUAGAUACUUUUUGCACCUCAGUGUCUUGUAUUAUAAAACAGUAUGAAAUAACAAAGUAUUCAGUGUAUAUGAUUAUAUUAAUUAAAACACAUGCUGUGUAGGAUGCUGCUUUAUUGGGACAUGACUUAUACUUGACAUCACCUUCUUUACACCUCUUAACCCUACCUGUUAAACACUUUAUUCCCACUAUUAAAUACCCAUUAGGCACUUUAUUUCCACUUUUUGAAUAUUUUCCUUUUUUUUUUUUUUUUUUUUUUUUAAUGAUAUGCAAUAGGAAAAUUGAGAAGAAGGAGUUUGAUAAAAGGCAGAUUCAAACUCAGGUUGGUAGCAUCAAAAGUUAACACCACUGAUCUUGUUAUCAGCAGGAUUUCUUUUGUUAAUUUGUCUGGCUCAAUCAGACAAUGGUGGGUGGAGUUAGUGUAAAUAGCCUCUGCCAACAAGAUGAGCUAUUUGCUGUUGGUGAGAGUAAUGAGAAUAAAACACUGUGAUUGUUCAGGGUAAAAAAUAUUUCUUUGGGAAACAAUGUAGAGUACAUGUAAAAGUUUCAACAUUUAUCUAACCCUGACAUAUGAAAUAAUAGUCAGAAAAAAAAAAAAAAAAAAAAAAACUAUUGUUUUUAAAUGGAACAGAUAGCAAUAUAAUUGGAAUUAUUAUAUUAUAUCAAACAUUUCACUUCCCUCUGUUAGUCUUUUAUUUUGUAUUUGGCAACAUUUGUUGUUGAUAAACAGCCCUCUGAUUUUUUUUUUUUUUUUUUUUCCUGAAAAUGUUAUCUGAACAGACACAACCCACCAGUUGAAAACACGUUUUUUUUUUCUUUCUUUCUUUCUUUUUUUUUUUUUUUUUACUAUGGCACAUAAGUUUUAACAGCUGACAUGUUAAAUACAUGAAUGUCUGACUAAUCAUAUGUCAAUACAAAUUAGGUGCACAACCUAUUUUCAGCCUAUGUUUGCUUUGGAUUCCCCUUGUCGUGUUGGGGUGGUGUAAUCUAGAGGUUUAGAUUCCUAUUGAUCCUUUUAAACAUUCAGUUUAUCACCUCUACCUCCCCAAAUGAUGGACCAACUGAAGUCAACUAUCAUUUAAAGUCCUGUUUUGGUUUGUUUUUUUAACGGGUAAAACAAGCCUCCAACUCCACCUUGUGUGUAAGACUAAUUACUUUUGCGCCUUACGUCAAAUUUUAAGACAGAUGAGAAAGAACUCUACAACAGCUCAUGAAGUAGCUUUUAAAAGCCCAAGGCAGGGCUGCUUUUUUGCAUGAUGCACAAACAAUGCAGUUGUUAUACAGUCUAUUUUACUGUCUGCUUUUGUGUUAUCGUAGUUUUCCCUUAAAUAUUUUUCUGUCUCUGGUCGAGAAGUGCUAUUCUAGCACCAUCAGCGCCAUACCGCUUCUGGAUGCUGCGCUGGAGUACGCAUGCGCACCACAGUGGAAUUACUGCACAGCGCACUCUAAGUUGGAUUUUUUCUGUCUUCACGGAAACCAGAAAACAUAAAAGUAUGGCGAUCUUUAGAAUAAGACAAAAGGGCUUUAUGCGCGUCUGGACGUUCCCCGUGAUAGUGGCCGUGGUGUGCGCGCAAAGUGUCAAUGAUCCAAGCAAUAUGUCUCUCGUAAAAGAAACUGUUGAUAGACUAUUGAAAGGAUAUGACAUUCGCUUGAGGCCAGAUUUUGGAGGUCCUCCGGUGGGAGUGGGGAUGAAUAUAGACAUAGCCAGCAUAGACAUGGUAUCAGAAGUGAAUAUGGACUACACAUUGACUAUGUAUUUCCAGCAAGCCUGGCGAGACAAACGUCUGUCCUAUUCUGAGAUUCCUCUUAACCUGACUCUGGAUAACAGGGUAGCUGAUCAGCUGUGGGUGCCGGACACAUACUUCCUGAAUGACAAGAAGUCUUUUGUACAUGGUGUAACAGUGAAGAACAGAAUGAUCCGUCUCCAUCCAGACGGCACUGUGCUUUAUGGGCUCAGGAUUACCACCACAGCCGCCUGCAUGAUGGACUUGCGCAGAUACCCACUAGAUGAGCAGAACUGCACACUGGAAAUCGAGAGCUAUGGCUACACCACAGAUGAUAUUGAGUUUUACUGGCGAGGUGGCGACCAUGCAGUAACGGGGGUUGAAAGGAUAGAGCUUCCUCAGUUCUCUAUAGUGGACUACAAACUCAUCUCUAAAAACGUGGUGUUUUCUACAGGUUCAUAUCCUCGCCUCUCCCUGAGCUUCAAGCUCAAGAGAAACAUUGGCUACUUCAUUCUGCAGACCUACAUGCCUUCAAUCCUAAUCACCAUCCUAUCUUGGGUAUCCUUCUGGAUCAACUAUGAUGCCUCGGCUGCCAGGGUUGCUUUAGGCAUCACCACUGUGCUGACCAUGACCACCAUCAACACACAUUUGCGGGAGACUCUUCCAAAGAUUCCGUAUGUCAAAGCCAUUGACAUGUACCUGAUGGGCUGUUUCGUCUUCGUCUUCCUGGCUCUGCUGGAGUAUGCGCUGGUCAACUACAUCUUCUUCGGCAGGGGACCGCAGCGGCAGAAGAGAGCUGCAGAGAAAGCCUCCACAGCCAACAAUGAAAAAAUGAGAAUGGAUCCCAACAAAUGGAUGGUGGGAAAUGUAGUUCAGAGAGACGAUGCUCUGUAUGCCAGAAUGAAACAGAGGGAUAUUGACGCACAUGACUCCAUGUGGGAACCAAUCUUUGUGGACGAUGCAGCAUUAGGACUAGGCGAUUCAAAAAAUAAGAUGGACCCACAUGAAAACAUCCUUCUCAGUCCUCUGGAGAUCAAGAAUGAAAUGGGCACAUCAGAGUUAACCCUGGGUUUGGGCGACCCCCGUACCACCAUGCUGGCCUUUGACAGCACCACGCUGCAGUAUCGGAAAGCCGGUCUGGCCAGGCACAACUUUGGACGCAAUGCCCUGGAACGGCAUGUUGCUCAGAAGAAAAGCCGGCUACGACGGCGCACUUCACAGCUUAAAAUCACUAUCCCUGACUUAACUGAUGUCAAUUCAAUCGACAAAUGGUCGAGAAUGAUCUUCCCCACCGUAUUUUCUUUCUUCAAUGUCGUCUAUUGGCUUUAUUAUGUCAACUAACUGGAUUGCGGGGCCGUCCAAGAAGCGCCACUUAUUUUUAUGUCAGUAUAUUCUUCCGUUUUCCUGCGUCUGAUUUUGCAAUACAAGCAGGACUUAUGUUGACAGAUUAAAAUCAGGACUAUCUCUCUUUAACCUUGGGUUCACCUUAAUUGCUGGCUGACACCGAUACUCAAAAGAGGUUAAGAACAAAUGGUGCCUAUUCCAAAAAUCAGUAGUUUUUAGUGCGUUUGAGUGUUUUGUUCAAUAUUUGGUUUGAUUCAAUUAAGAUUUCUAUUAAGACAAGGUGUAUCUGUUUUGUUGCCAAAUUAUCAAAUCAGUUAUUGCUGCAAAUUAGUUAUCUUUUUACCAACAAAAAAUUCAAAGACUGAAAGAUUGGACAUCCACAGCAUUUCACUGUCAGUUCUUUCCUCCUUUAGCAAUUGUUAAGGAAGCAGCACUCAGUAAUUUAAUAUUUCUAUACCUUUAUUUGUAAAGUUAAUUGUUUUCACAGCCUUUUGAGUAAGGAGAUAAUAUGAAUAGUUUUAUCAUAAGGUUGUAUUUUCUACUUUACACACAGAUGAUAGUUUAUUUAUUCAAGAGAAUUUAUUAUACACUUUUACUUAACCUCAUUUAUUUUGAUGAAACACGUCUCUCAGAUCCUGUACUCCAAAUUUUAUUGACACUUUGGUAAGCUUUAUAUUUCCAAAAUGCUUAUAUUAUGUUUAAUUUCGAUGUUCAGCAUGCUAUGGAAGUUGAAGGCAUUACUAUUACUAACACAAAUAACUCAACUCGGCUGCUAACUCUAAUAAUUUUUAUAGCUCCCAUCAAUCUUGCGUAAUGCUAGUCUAUCCGUUAGCAUUCCCAUCAUUCAUCUCAAUAGCAGUUGUUCUACUGAUGUUUGAAAGUAUGUGACCUGAAUGCUGCCAUCAUUGUUCAUGAUAGUGAAAAUGCAAUAUGACUCAUUGUUAUUCAGCAGGAAAUGACAAUGCUUAUUGGCUGAUAGCAUCAGAGGAACAAACCUAAAUCCAAACCCUUCAGCAGCGAUAAUCCUGAGCUGUGAUGUGAAUGGCAGCAGACAAGGAAAAAUAUAAGCCUUUUUUUCCGUUCAUAAGAGCACUCCAAAAACCAUGCCACUGGCACAAAAAAAAAAAAAAAAAAAAAAAUUAAAUAUUUUAUUCUUCAGACUAUAUGAUUGCUUUUGAAUAGCAAAAUUAUGUAGUUACAACAUCUAGUGACCAGCCAAACCUUGACACCUUGUGUGUAGUCUCAAACUGUUCUCACUCCGAAGCCAUUUAAAACAUCAUACAUUGUCCAGUGCCUUGCCACUAUUAAGACGCUAAAGGCACACAUUUGGUUAGUUUGGAUUUUAAUAGACAAAUACUUAAGAGUUUAUGAAUGGAUCACUAUUACAGUGAUUAUUAUUUUUCUAGCAUUAUAUGUUUGACAACAGUUCUUUUAACUCUAAAAGAUGGAGUGUGCAGCUUUUCAUUUCUUAAACAACCAUGUAGGAAGACAUAUCAUGGACAUAUUCCAGGAUGACAAUGUCAAGAUUCAUCAUGCUCAAAUUGUGUGGGGGGGGGGGGCAUGAAGAAUCAUUUUCACACAUGAAUUGGCACCCCUGAGUCCUGACCUUAAUUUCAUGGAAAUUCUUUGGGGUGUGCUGAAGGACACUUUACAGAGUGCUUGACUCUUGCAUUGUCUUGCACCAAAAAAUUGAUGCACCUCUUGAUGGAAAUAAAUGUUGUGAUGUUAUUUCCAUCAAGAGGUGCAUACAUUUUUGGUCAAGAUCUUGUAUUGACAAUGCAAGAGCAAAGAGCUUCAGUUUUUAAUGCCUUGGGAGUGAGAAUAGAAUAAAAAUCUUGUUCACAAAGUUUAUUCUGGGCAAGCACUGCAUGCUUAAAAAGAAAGAGACUGAGAUGUAAAAUGACCAACUACAGUUUGCUUGUUUAUUGUGUGAUGUUUAAGAGGUAAAUCUGACAUUGAUGGCACAGACGUUUCGGUGAAUAGUUGUACAGAAACACUGAAGAGAUUAAUGCGAAUUGUGCAGAGACCACAAUGUGAACAGAGCGUCUUGGGUUACGACUGUAACCCUGGCUACCUGAGAACAGGGAACGAGACACUGCAUCCUGAGACACUUUGGGAAACGCCUCUGCUUGACUGGUAUCUGAAGCAACUGUAAAAUCACGGCAAUCCUAUUGGCCGGUGACAGCCUAUGACAUACUAGUGCAACCAGAAAGUAUGUAAGUGGCGCCUAGAGAACAUGUAAUCCACUUCUUUGUCCGAAGGGACUGAACAGGCAGCCCGGAGACAUGGAUAUGAGAUGCAGUGUCUCGUUCCCUGUUCUCAGGGAACCAGGGUUACAGUCAUAACCCGAGACAUUCCAUUUUGAAAGGGAACUUGCACUGCGCCCUGUCAAAAGCCGCUCAAAGGCUUGGAACCAGCAUCUUCACUGGGAAGAGAUUCUUUUAAGGGAGUAUGGCCAGGGGCCAAAAGGAGACACCAGGGAGGCUAACCCGGUCUGACUUGUGACCUAGUCUAGCCAACAACCUGUCUGUUUCCUAAACAGAGCCUCCUACCAUACUUGCCUCAUGAGAGGCAACCAGUGAGAGGGACUGCAGAAGAGGUAGUAGCCAGCUCACUCUGGACAAAGAGACGGGCAUCCUGGGGAGCAGGACUCGCUUUCCAAACUCUUACAAAUGAGGGAAGUUACUCUGCUCGACCCUGGACCUACAGAGCGCUUCUUUUUCAAAGCACUAUGGAUGCUGGGUACUCUACAUAGGGUCCCCAAUGAGAGGAGUAUCUCUAGCUCUAUCAAGAGCUGAUCUACCAAGGGGGUUCACAAGAAUCUCUCGACCUUUCAGACUAAACUCAGGGAGCGAGGCUCUCUAUAGGACGAUCCUCUCAAACGAGGGAGUACCUACAGCUCUAAAAAAAAAAGCUGAUCUACCAGGGAGGUCUCACGUGAGUCAUUCGACCUUCUGACCAGACUCAGGGAGCGAGGUACUCUACAGAAUGACCCUCUAACACGAAGGGAGUACUACCUAUGCUCGACCAAGUAGAACAUCAACCAAGCUCUGGGGCUAGAAUCAGGGAGGCUCCUGUGGAGCCUGCAACAUAAACUCAAUCUGUGUACUAGCUAGAAGUGCUAGGAGUGUAGUUCGACCCGGAGGGUCACCAUCAAGGCGGCCCGAGGAGGGUAAACUACUUGAAAAACGAGCCACCAGAGGUGUGUAGGCUUGGAAUACUCAUUCACAUUGCCACAAAGCGAUGUACUCAGCUUAUCACUUUCUACCCUUUAAACAAGGGGAGUGCAGAUCUCAUGCAACCAGACUGUUGAGGAGGCCUCUUAAUAGGGCCUACUACUACAGAAUAUCACGGGCAUGGGCUCAGGGCUAAUGCUUGAGUUCUAAGGGGGUGUACUCAACACCAUCCUGAAUAGGAGGGAGUACUUAAUUGGCUUGACCUGAGCAUCAUUGGUGUUGAACACAAUGUUGAGCACUAUUAGAGGAUCCUGAACAAGGGGACUUAAUAUCAACUUGACCCAAGAGAAAGCUCAACGAACAAUGACUCUUGCUCAGAGACAGGUUGCUGUCUGAGCUAAGCUCUGGAGGAGUGGAGGCCUCAACGGGAUAAAUUUUCACGGAAGGGGCCUAGGACGCUCGUAGACCCGGACCUGCACUUCUUUUUAUUUAUUUUUUUUUUUUGUAAACAAGUUUUGAAUACUGGUCCAGUCUUUCAGCAGGUCACUCGGUAUGCUUAAAGCACUGCCAUAGUGUGCAGCACAGCAUGACCUGCUGCCGUGUAUGUCCUGCCAUAUAAGGGCAGAGCCAAAGCUUUUGAGUCGAUUUAUUUAUUUAUUUUUUUCGCAAGAUAUUACGGAAAUGUCUCGAGAGCUCAUGGAAGCUGGGGGUUAUGGCUGGAAAGAAACCGUUCGUGUUUCCAAUCUUACAGGAGCGGUCUCUACACUAACACGCUCUCAUGGCAGCAGACGGCUGCUUAACACACGCUCCAUAACACCCAACAACUCAUCAUACGUGGGGCAGAGCGGCUGCGAGGGCUCGGAUGUCUUGCCUUCUUCGCCCUCAACAGCCAUCUUUUGCUCUUUCUGCAUGAUGCCAGCGAAGCACUGUCUGUUGAUCCUGAGGAUGCAAGAGAAAAUGUGUCCUCACUCUUGUCAGUCCCUGAAGUGUGCGAAAGAUUAACUUCAACGAGCUCCCUCUGUGAGCCCUAUGAUCUCAGUCUCCUCUCCACCUCAGCAUGAGCCACCGGGCACAGAAGCCCUUGAGAAGAGAGACAAACAAGAGUGGAACUUCCACAGCCAGAAAUGCUCACAGUGCAUACCAACAGCUCCCUCAGGAACUGAGUGUGCAUGCUCUAACAAAGAACGCACAAGUCAUGUGUGUUAUUGAGUGUCAAAUAUGUAUGACAUGGAUCGUGCACACAGCUUGAAACAUUUGCUUUAACAAGUCAUUUUUACGUAGAUUUGAACAGCGUGCUUCAAACAAACAGUCCCUGAAGACGAAAAUAGGAUGACGUUCUCUAGGCGCCCCUUACAUACUUCGUCAUAGGCUGUUGCCGGCCAAUAGGAUUGCCGUGAUUCUACAGUUGCUUCAGGUACCAGUCACGCGGAGGCGUUCCCCAAAGUGUCUCAGGACGCAGUGCAAGUUCCUUUUUGAAAGGGAACUUCAACUGUCUAAAUACAAUAACAUAUUCCUCUGGUUUCACAAACGAGGCUUAAGCUAGUCCCAGACUGAAAUGCAUGUUUGAGCUCUUUUAACUGAAAGCAGCUUGCACUGACAUAUCUGUUUUGUCUCAAGAUACACACCAGUAAUGUUUUCUUCUAAAGCACGUUUAUAAAAGCUUCUUAAAUGCCCUAAUUGAACUAAGGCUUAAUCCUGGUUUAAUCUAAGCGCUGUCUGUAAAACUGGGCCAUUAUUUCACACACAUAUAACUAAAAUCAAAGCAGACUAUACGACUGGGUUACACUUUAUUUCGAUGGUCCACUUUAGACAUUCUACUAACUAUAAAUAAUCUGCCAAGUACAUGUCAACUAACUCUCAUUAGAGUAUUAGAGUAUGUAGUAGACUGUUAGUAGACUGUUCUUGUUAGGUUCAGAUUAGUAGAAUAAGUUGACGUACUUGCAAGGUUACUUAUAGUCAAUAAAACCAUCGAAGUAAAGUGUUAGUAGAUAUUAAGAAGACAGUCUACUAAUAUUCUAAUGACUGCUAGUUGACAAGUAGUUGCAAAGUUACUUAUAGUUAGUAGAAUGACAAAAGUGGACUAUCAAAAUAAAGUGUUACCUACAGUUGCACUGGAAGAUGUCUCGUUUACCAGCUGCACAUUGCCUCAAACAAAACAUUUACUGUAUUCCAAAGAUUGAAGUCUAUGAACCUCAAAAUCUUUGGCAAAUCUAGUGACAAGCAUCUUGAAGGAUUAAACAUAUUCAUACUGAUUUUGUUUUAAAAAGCCAGCAGUUAAGGAAUCUCUUGGCUUUGUCAAUGAAAAAUAGUAAACAAAUAUUAAUUCCUUUGUGUUAUGUAUUGUAAAUAUCACUUGUACAGAAUUGUUAAAAAACUCUUUGUAUUCAGAAAAAGAGAGUAGCUCUGUGUUUACAUGAAAUGAAUUGAAAAUGGUGGAUUAUUGAGAUGGUGGAAGGGCUCAUGGUGUAAAACCAAUACUGUAAUUUCAUCAUGACACGUGAUGAAUUCCAUCUAAAAGAGCCAGUCAGAGCCCAUCAUCCUCCACCUGUGAGAAGGGCAUAUGAAUAUAGUUUAGCCUUACAAUGCUUGAAAAGAAAAAUUAAAAGCACAACACUGACCAGAUUUAAUCGAGGAAAGUAUAUACUCAUCUUUAUUUAUACAUUUACUUUUCAUUACAUAUUUUCACACUAAUUUAUUAUUGAAAUUACAUUUUUUUUUUUUUUUUUUUUUUUUAAAUGGUACAGUACAUCGGUCAUAAUCAAUUAAUUUUUAAAUAUGUGUAAUCAUGAUGGACCUGCAUGCAAGACAUUUUCCAUCAAGGUAUGCAAUUUCAAUUUUUAUCAAGUCAUAGAGAUAAAAUAAAACAAUACGUAUCAUGCUCACCAAGAUUUCUUUGUAGUUUGGCAUUUCAUAUCUCAAUAUAUCAAUCUAUUUUCUUGACCUUUUUUUAAGAUCAAAACACAACAGGGUUGAAACAACACAGAAUAAGUUAAAAGCUCAAGGAAAUGAUAAUUAACAUUGAUUUGGUUUGAUUUGAUUUGAUUUUCUUAUCUCCCAGCCCCUUUGAUGUUGAGUAAUAUCGAAUGAAACACUAACUAAAUCUUACGAAACACUAGUCUAUUCAUAACCAGGGAAUUGUGGACUUAUAAGCAUGCAGGAAAUCAAGCAACACAUACUUAUUACCCAUGUUUAAUAAUGCAUCUCUAACUCACAUCUUUACUGCAUGCAAUACUGGCACCAUACAUUCAAAAACAUAUUUUGCAAUUCAUACUGCUAAACUGAUCUAAAAAGUCAAAUGACAAAUUAGUAGUAUUUUACUUAUAUAUAAGCAUAGCUUCUUCACUGAAGGAUCAGAAAUGUAUGAAUGCAUUUAAUUACAAGCCUGUGGACAAGGAAAUUAACAGUUAUUAACAGUGAUUGUAUAUUUAUAGUGAUGGUAAGUGAUUAUGUAACAAUUAAGUGUAACAAUGUGAUAUUUUAGGCACUGAUUCUGCUGUCCAUUUGUCACAAUUACUUUUUUUCUCCAAGAUCAAUGCUUAAAACAUCUGUAUAUUUCGUUGAGAUUCAUAUAAUUCACAUGUAUUCAUGCACACAGAAAUGGUUUUCUUUGCCCAUUCUUUACAAGUUGUUACAAACUUCAGAGUUAUUCAAUUCUGAUUUGUUUAUGUUAGUCUCAGCUGCAGAAGAUAUCUCGGUGGUGUACAUUAUUAAAGGAAAUAAUGGAAGGAGAACCUGGGCAUUAGGACUUAUUUUAAUAAAUUCCAAAAACUAUUUCUAGAUGUAAAUAUGAACUAUAGUACUAAACAUCCAAUUGGAGCAGGGUGUUCAUGUAAAUACAAAAUUAUUUCUAACAAUGUGUAAUGUAAUAUUUCUAAGCUUUCUGGUUUGUACUUUACUGGUUAAUGCAAAGCUUACUACAAAGCAAUGUUAUGGAAAAUACUUGAUGACAAAUCAAUAAUGUAAACAAUUUGAAACUGGCUCUCCUUAGUAAACCAAUAUUUCUUGUUUUCACAUCUUUUUUGCCUAGCGUAAAGUCUAUAAGUCAAUACUCAGCAUUGUUUAUUGUGUAGUCCUUUCUCUUUCUGUUGCUUUCUAGCAUUCUUUAUCAAAAACACACUGGCGUUCAAAAAAAACGACAAUGGUUUAUUUAUUUUUUUUCUUUGUUAUAUUUCUCAAUUGUAUUUUCCCUCUCAUGUCCUAAAAAUUACUAGAUACCACAAUUAGGCCUUUUUAGCUGUUUUAACAGAACAUUGUGUGUGAUUGUGUUGGGGGAGACCCAGAAACAAAGAAAAGGGUCUAUGAAUGUGUGUGAGCACAAGUUUCUGAGAAAAUGCACAAAUGUCAAACACUUGGUAACUGCUUUGCUUUUUGUUUGUGCCUCUCAUUAUUUUACUUUUUUAAUUAAUAUUUUUUAUAUAUUUGUACUCCAACAAAAUACUCCAACAAAAGCAGAAACUCAUUUGAAAAUGAUAAAGAUGGCAAACUGACUAUGUUUUUUGCACAUGUUCACAGAUUAAGCCUUAGCUUCCAUUCACAGAGGAGAUGUAACAAUAUCUCAAAACAUCAGAAAUCAACAAGCCCUCUCUGACGCCAACCAGAGGGUCAUCAGAUGCAUAUGGACUGACAGAAAAAAAAAGAAAAAAGAAAAAAAAAUCUGUUAUAAUCUUUGAAAAUCUAUGAACCCUCAAUAAAUACUGUAUAAAACUCUAAAA